AUGUAUUUAUUGACAUAUUUGACGAGUUUUCUCCUAUUUAUUUCUCUUCAUAUUAAUGCUAAUAUAAUAUCUGAUAAUGAAAUUUAUUAUCCUUCAUUAUGGCAAACUGUUUCAUCAUCAUUAACUGAAUAUCCAUUAGUAAAUGAUUCAUCUUCUCAAUAUCGAUUAAUUGAUUCAUGGUUUUAUCCACAUAGACUUGAUAGUUGGUGGGUAGCAGCUAAUUAUUAUUUAUCAGUCAUACCAUUUUUUGCUGCGAAUGAUGUUGGUCUUAUUACUCCUCAAGAAUCAUUUCGUAUUAUUCAAUAUGCAAAUUUUUGUUCGAAAUCAAUUGAAUGUUUACAACACGUACCAAAAGCUAUGACAUAA